CGCCUACUUUUGGAACAAAUGAAGUGGAUCAGACGCAUGAGGCAGUGGCGCCGACUGGUGCAGACAUCACGUGACCUGUUCGACGGCUCUACUGUGGAAGCGUUCAUUACAUGUUGUUAACGGGGGUUGGGUUUCAAUUCGACAGGAGUGUAGAGUGAGAGUUUUGUCAAAUGUAAACGUAGGUGAUCCGUGAUUGUUGGGUUGUUGCCUGUGUUGUGGAGGGAAAUAUUUAUUCAAGUUUAUGUUUUUGUGUGGUUGUAUCGCUUUAAAUGAUAUUUUGAUCGCGUGAGUGUAGUUCUCGCACAUACAUUCAGAGCAUCAAGACCACGAAGCCAGAGUAAAAGUUAUUUAAAUAUGAGAUUUUCCUAGCAGAGGCAUAGGCUUUGCUUUACAGAGUUGCUCUGACAAUAUACAGGCUACCCCACUUAAUGUGGAACCCACCACAGCAACAGUGAGCAAACUACCAGGAAAUGAAUUAGUCACAAUGCAGAUCUUAACCAUCACAUGCUAUACAGCAUUCCAGGCUUCUAGCAAAUCACCAAGUGACCUCGGACCUAUAUCGUUAGAAGGUCUAUCUGCACCUUAGUAAUAUGCAACGAGAAGACUGAAGCACUUGCACGUAUGAUGGACACCUCAAUCCUGGUGUUCAUACUAGCCAUUGUUAAUCAUGCUCAAGGAUCACAAGUGUCUGACGGCACACGAGUGUGUGCGUACAUGUACAAGACAGUGGAGCAUCUCUCGAUUCACAACGCAGAUGACUAUGAGAGCUCUGAAGACUAUGGGGCCGCUGAUGUGCAGGGAAGUGCUCCAGAGCAGCAGGAGAAAUGUAAGAAAGCUUCCAACUUCUGUUAUGCUCUGUGGAAGGAGGAGGCCAAUGGCACCAGCAUCUUGGGGCAGGGAUGCUGGGAAGUGUCAGGCAAGCAAGACUGCCAUCAGAACGCAUGUGUUGCCAACAAGAAACCACCAAAAGCACUAAACAACACCAAGUUCUGCUGUUGCAACGGAGAUCUGUGCAACAUGAAUGUGUCUGACGUGUACGUCGCUUCCCAGGCAGAUGAUUCCCAUAUUGAGUCCCCAGCAACAGAGUUUCUGGAGCAGCCGGCUACAGACAAGCUUACUUGGAUCAUCCCUUUGGUGUGCGUGGGCACAUUUGUGGUGGUAAUGAUGGGUGUGUUGGUAUACCGGCUCUGUCACGGUGGUGCCAUGGGCGUCUGCAAACCAGCACCUGAUGCCGUCCAUCUCAUGGAGAAUGGAGGUGCCAAUGGCCUUCAUUCUGGCAGCUAUGCUCUUGAGCACCUCAAACUUUCCAAUACUGUCGGUCAGGGUCGUUAUGGGUCAGUGUGGAAGGGAACGGUCAAUGACAAGGAGGUGGCAGUAAAGAUCUUCCCCAGCCAUUAUCGCAACUACUUCUACAAUGAACGUGACAUCUACUGCCUUCCAUUUAUGGACAAUCCUGCCCUCCUUACCUACUUUGGCUAUGUUGAACGAGAGAGUUUAGAAAACUGUUUGGAGUAUCUGCUGGUUUUGUCUUAUGCCCCAAAUGGUUGUCUGCAAGACUAUCUCAGAACGAAUGUGUUGGAUUGGCCCACAUUCUGCAAGAUGUCCUUAACUGUAGCGAGGGGCCUUGCCCACCUACACACAGAUGUGAGAAAAGGAGACAAGUUGAAACCGUGCGUCAGUCACCGGGACCUGAAUUCCCGUAACAUCCUGGUGAAGGCAGACCUGUCCUGCUGCCUGUGUGACCUUGGUUUUGCUAUGAAAAUCUCUGGUUCUAAGUAUUUCCACAAUGGGGAAGAGCAACAUGCAGAAACCAAGUCCAUUAAUGAUGUGGGCACGCUGCGCUACAUGGCACCUGAAGUGUUGGAGGGAGCGGUAAAUCUCAGGGAUUGUGAAUCAUCGCUGAAACAGAUAGAUGUGUAUGCCUUGGGUCUGGUUCUUUGGGAGUUGGCAUCGCGAUGUUCGGACCUGUACCAGAGUGGUGCGGAGACACCUCCAUACAGACAGCCAUUUGAAGCUGAAGUUGGUCACCACCCCACAUUUGAACAGAUGCAGGUUCUGGUGUCUCGCCAUAAGGCACGUCCCUUGUUCCCUGAGUUGUGGCGUGACUGGACUGCUGUCAAGCUGGUGCGGGAGACAGUGGAAGACUGCUGGGACCAGGAUGCGGAGGCCAGACUCACUGCACUUUGCGUCGAGGAACGGCUCCAGGAAUUACCAACACUGUGGGACCGCCAGAGAGGAACAAUGUAUGUAUCAGGAGUUAGUCCAACAGUGAACCCCACCUUUCCUAACAGCGGACAACAAGCCCAGCUUGUCGCAACUGUGCGCAGCAGUGUAAAUAACAAUACAGGAGCCGCAGUUGUGUCCAGCGGAUUGCUGGGCGACUCAAACAGGCAGCUGCUACUGGAUUCAGGGGAGGAUACAGGCUGCUCUGUUCGGUCUGGAAGCCAGAGCAGUGCCACAUUUGGUAAGGACACACGAGAGUCAACCAUAUCGGAGGGAACUGUAGAAACAAUGGUGACCAUGUCCCCAUCUGAGCCACACCCGGACCCAUCAUACAAGAACUCCAAUCACACGGCAACACUUGUAAACAGUUACGGUGUGUCAUCAGGCAUUCAGUCCCUGUCACGAGGGGCCUUGCAACCAUACCAGGGGCGAAACCCAUGCAUGGAACGGAACCUGAUGCUACAGGCUCCGUCAGACGAGGAGCUGUCUUGCAAUGGCAACACGCUGGUGGACCGCUCCUCUAAGCAUGCCGCUGGCCAGUACAUGGCAUCAUUUGAGUCUCAGUCAUUGGUAUCACAUGACUACCUGGGCAUGUCGCAGAGUGUGAACAACAACAGUCUGCGUCCUGCCACGCCCAUUCCUUACGUGCAGAAUGCUGUGUAUGAUUCCAGUAACACUACCACGUACGCCACCAUCCCCAAGCAGCCAAACAUUCCUGGGAAUGGUUCUGCCUUGAGUGAUGGAAACAAAAGUGCAUCAAGGUGGGGCAACUGGGGCAGGAGCGGUGGGUGGGGAGGACUACGCAAACUGCUGGACUCGAAGAAGUAUUUGCUCUUUGGAAUGUACACAGCCAAAGACAGAUGUGGCAGUGAACAGACUAACAGGAUGUCAAAUGUGAAUAAAGACAGUGAUGCUCUGAUUGAAAGUGAUGAGUCCAAGUCAAAUCUUUUAGUCCGCCAGAAUGGGUUAACACCAGCCCUAAAGAAAUCACCCAUGAUAAUGGAGACUCAGGUAUGCCUCCUCCCAGCAGGUGGGAAGAAGAAUGGGGUGGUGACAUCAGUUAUGUCUCCAUUAAACCAAUGCAAUGAAGAUACCCAGAACAACAAGAGUAUCAACGAGGAAGAGGUCUCCAAAACAUCCAAAAACCGCCGACCAUCAACCCUGCCGCUCAUUAAGCCAAAUGCCGGCUCACGACAAAGCCUUGAGGAUCAUUUCCAGCAAGUGUUUGGCACUCGGAACUCUGACUCGACCACGCGCCUUUUGAAGGAUCCUAAUUCUCGUAUUAAAACGCCUGGCGACGUCCCCCCAUCCGUGAGGCGGAUACGCGGCAAAGGGAAGUCCGGUGCCAGAUUUUCACUUUACGAUGACAGGAUGAUGACAGGCAAUUGCUAUGGACCAGAAACUGCUUUGUCACCAGGUGGUGGGAAGUCCAUUAAGAAUGGUAGCGUUGGUCAAACGCUGUCUGGCUCAGUACCAACCAACAUAGACAUUUCUUGUAACAGAACUGUGUUGAAGCGUAAUGGAGUGAUGGCUGCAUCAAGUUUCUGAGGCAGCUGCAACUUAACCAGGGAAGUUUUGCAGGUAUCUCACAGUAGAUGUAAUAGUGCACCACUUGAUGCACGUGUGUUUGGAUGAAGUAUCUUGCACUGCUUGUGGAAACGGUAUCAUGCAGCAUACAUUGGGAUAUUCCCUUCCACAGUAGGCAUAAAUUUGGUGAUAAGAAAUUUGUCAUUAUUAUUAGAUUUAAGGUGAAAGAAGUGCAUGAACUAGUCUUACGUCUUUGUCUCUUUCGUGUAUUUUCUAUCAUUAUAGUAACACUACGUAUUCUGUUCUUACGUAAAUGCUUUUACAAUUAUUUAGCAUCAUUUUUGGCAAAACUGGCAUGGAACAAAUUGAAAUCUGAAAAUUUGGAAAUUGAAAAUAUUUUAUUUAAUUCUAUUUGCUUUAGAGUGUUAGGAUAUCCCUGAAGCUCUCUCCUGAGAAAUGAUUGGCUGGAAAGUGAAGCUGACUGUGCACCUCCAUCAACUGCAGAGGUUAAUGAUUUCUGUGAUACCUCCCUGCUCCCAUUCUAUCUGCAGCUCAUUUUCUUAAGCACAGAGACAGCUUCUGUUAUCAGCAUGCAAAAUGUUACGUGGUUCUACUUUUAUUCUAGACUUACAAACCACGUGCUACUAUAUUAAAAUUAGUGUAAGGGAAUCAUAUAUAUAAGAUUAUCAUGAAAAUCAGUCUAUUACUUCAAAAGUUAUAAAUUGGAGAUAUGAUAAUAGCAUAAACUUCAAUCACCUUUGUUCGGUGGCUAAAUAGCUAUCUCUCUGAUAAUAAAACCCGAAGAUUGGACAGUUCUGCUUUAACUCGGGGGAACUCGCCACUGAAUAGACCACCUCAGCACAGUAGAAUUAUGGUUGUUGAGUGGAAUGGCAUGCCAGUGUUAUAUGACAUGGAUGUCACGUCACUCGUGAGUUGCUUUUGACCUAGAAAUUUUAAAUUUGGUAGUAUCUGUUGUCAUGCUGAUUGUGACAGAGCGUCUCGGUUUUUUAAUCGUACGUCGGUGACGUCCCUGUCAACAGCUUUGUUUCCACAUCAGUGCUUUGAUACUACAUGAACAAGUGAAAUGUGUCGUGCACGGUUCAGCUUUUUACUCUGUGCGGAAUUUGAACCAGGAACCAAGACCUCCAGUGCCUAUGCAGGGCUGCCAACCCUGUGAAAAUGUACAACCAUUUACAAAAAUUUAUUGUACAAAUUUGAUGUGCAACAACUAAACCUGCGUACAAAUAUUUUUGUUUGUGAUGGAGAUGCCAACCGUCACGGCAGCAAUUUACUUGUUCAACCAGCCACGUGUGUCACCUUUUAGCUCAAAAUGAGCUUUUUUUUUUUUUUGCUGUAAGUGGAAUUAUUUCUUGUUCUGAAUGUGAGGUUUGCCCACCUUGCAACUUUUUGUCAUUUAUUUUGCGAGAAUUGUGCCGUGUGCUUCUCUCAGUCUCAGAUGCCAAGUAAUUCAUACCUCAGACCUGCAAUUUGUUGGAGAAUGCCUGUUUGAAAAUCCGUUUCAUUAACCCUUUUCAGUCCUUUGAUGUGAUUUCAGGCGUACCGUAGCAGUACUUGUGCUGUUACAAGAAUUUGCUGUAUUCAGGUGCCAUUGGUCUGUUUAAGUCUGAAAAGUCUGCUGUUAAAUCUUCUCUUCUCUAAGUAAUGCUUUUGUUUCAGUUGAGAGCAUUUGGUUUCAGAGUAGUAAAUAUUACAUGUGUAAUUGUGCCCUUGAAAGGAUAUUUGUGCCCUGGUACUGAGAUGAAGCUUCGACAGCUGCGUAGAGUACUAGUCAGCUUUGGUUUUGCUCCACUUCAGACACAGUUAACCAUCGUUAGUGCAAUUUUUAAGGCUCCAGGAAGCCUGUUAUAAUCGUGAAACAAUUGUAAGAAAAUUAGGUUGAUAAAUUAUAUAUUUUCUGGUCAUGUCCUUGAAAUUUAAAUAAGGAGUUACUUAAAUGUUUUGUAGGUGGUUCGGCAAACGGUCGUAUUAGUUGCACGUAAAAUCGUUAUCUCUGCUGUAAUAAAAAUUCUUAUUAAAACAGCAGUGAAACUAAAGCAUAAAUGUAUGUAAGAAUCUUCUUUCUUCGAACAUUUGCAAUUGACAGUGUAUCAGAAUGAUAAAUUAUUUCACCAUUAUGUGCGUUGGUAAGGUGAACUGCCGUAAGUUUGGACAUAUCUCUCAUGUUUGUGCACACAGUCGUUGCUUCUAACUUACAAGCACAGCGCACUUUCAACUUCUGACCGUCCGGGGUCAUGUGUCUUUCAGUGAUGCACUUCUGUCUUGUUGCACACAGUGAAUGAUUCUGUAACGUGCAUCUCUUUAGCGUGAGAAAGUGAAAGGAACUUGACAUGGUUGUUUGCAUGCAAGGUCAAACCUAGCCUUGUAAGAUUAACAUAUGUCAGUUGUUGCUGCCCAUCAACUUGUUUUUUCUGUGGUUUUGUAUUUUGCCACCAGAAGUCACCUCCUGCCUUUGUCAGAAGUGAUUGAGAUCAUUUGCUUUGGAUUUGGGAGGUACAGAUUACUAUUAACUGACCUAUCGCUGGGUUUUAUAAUACAGUUGGGUGUCAUGUGUGAUGUACCGGGCCAUGACACCAGCUAUCCUCACUGACGUUCACUAAUAUUUUAUUAUUGGUGUGCAAAUGUGUAAUAAUUGCCUGAUGAUGUAGUCAUAAUUGUUAAUUGAAAUUUCUAAGCUUCCAUUUGUGCUACUUAAUGAUGCACAGUGUUUCUUCAGUUGAUCUUUAAACUUGGACUCGGACUACGCGGUGUCUGAAACUUCUUAGUAACAAAGUUGUAUGACAUGUUAAGUGUUGCUCAGGCAAAGCUGUCCAGUACAGGAAAAAUGAUAGCAUUUGUGAUAAUCGCAUGAUCUGUUAAUAUAAGAAACUGCGCAAUAUAUUGUAUGGACAAGAAAUGUCGCAGAGCUGCCUACCUGUGAGGAGGCAGUACAUCAGUAUCAUCAUGAAAUGACAGCAGUUGAAAUUAUUUAUUUAUUUAUAGUUUAAAGAAAAUGUCAAGCUCCUCAUGUUUAUAUGAUUGAGUCUCGCAUUGAUAUUGUUACACAUUCAGAACAUUUAGCUGGAAACCCUUUCAUUGCUUGGCAGUAAUUUUUGCGUGUAAUCUAAAUGGAGAAACAUUUGUUUUCACCAUUCAAGGCAUUUUAUAGGAUUCAAAGAGAAGAUAUGUAAAUCUCCUCUCUCACAGAGUUGAAUUUCUGACGCUGUGAAUAUAAUAGUCGGGUUUGCUUUGUGCCACAGUUUACAGUUGCUAUUGCGCCUGGCACAGGUUUCCCAUGGCUUGUAAUCAAGGCCUGAUUAAAAGUUGUAAAUUUUUGCGUAGCAGUAAAAGGGUUUGUCAGUCUUGAGGAUGUGUUGCAUGUUUAUGUUAUGCAUAUAUUUAAGAAACGCUUUAUUUUUUGCUUUACUAUAUAAUGCAAUAUUAUUUCAGUUUACUAGUGAUAUUUUCCACAAAAUGGAAAACUCUUUUUUGUUUUUGUGUACACUAUUAUUAUUAUUAUGUUAUGAAAUGCAUAGCAUUUCCCAAGCAACAGAAAGCUUGCAAAACAAUUGAUAUUUUAUUGCAAUGGUUAUACAGCUUCAGUUUGUGUCAUUGUUUGUAUUUUUUAUAAUGAUGUUACUUUAUCCCUAUUAUUAUUAUUAUUAUUAUUAUUUUUGUAUAUAGUACAGAUAUUUGUAGCCAAGACCUGCCGAAUUGUUGCUUUUCCAAGUUCCUCAGCUACUGAUGAUUAACAAGUGGCUUAACCUGUUGGAAGUUGGUUUCUUUUUUUUGUGAGUGUAACCUCAGAUUUGUUGGUUAGAGAUUGGAAAGGUCAUCUUAUCAUAAGCAAAGACAUUAAUAAGUAAGAGUAACACUGUUAAUAGUUGAAGUACAUGAGGAAUGUCUAAAAGAAAAUAUGAAGCAUGCUUAUAAUCAGCCAUUUUAAAAAUAUAAUUUUUAUGUAGUCCCUGUGGGCAAAAUUAAUAUCAAAAUCCAUUUCUAACAAAAUCAGAAGGCUUGUAGCCAAACGUGACGUCAAGACGGUUCAUGUUCCGCGAAAGAAAAAAUAUAAACAUGGUCAGGCCGUUCAAGGAAGAUUUGUGUCCGAAAGUCCCCGGCAUGUACCAUAUUCCACGUGAAUGCGGGAAAGUAUAUGUAGGUCAAACUGGGAGAUCCAUUGAGGUUAGACGCAAAGAGCAUAUCAGACAUCUCCAACAGCGUGAGCUGUUUGACUUGCGGGUUAUAUGGACCACAUCGCAAAGGAAGCAACAGAAAUUCAACAGAACCGGGAACUUUCAACAGAGACGGAGGUUUUUCAUUGAGCCAGGCCUGGUACCCAGUGACGAACAAGUUAUCCAAUCGGAAAAAUAGGUUAAAAUUAGCAAGUUCGUCACUCCGCGCACCAGUCCAGUGGCUGACGUGCAGCCAGUAAUACGGGGCCGUUGGAGGGGAUCUCCUACAGCUUCAGUACCCUGAGGAAAGUACUUUUUUCUUUUGGACACAAGCCUUGAAAAUCUUGCUAAUUAGAAAGACAAGCACAUAGUGUUACUCAAGAGGAGUCAAAUGGAGAUUUGACUUAGGCAGAUGCAACCAGGUGCCCCAUUUAUUUUUUUUUAAAUUUUGUCGUAUUUAUUGAUCCCUACGGUGUUUCCUUAGACAUGUACUGUGAUAUUGCCCUGUCUUGAUUUUCCAAACUGCUAUUCAUCUGGAUUUAACUGGCUUAGGAUCAUGCUUGGUGGCAGGUAUCGGCAGUGUUGAAUCAUUAGUUCUGUUACAGGAGAGUUCAUAUUUUACUUUUUUGAGUUGUAGUAAGAUGGCCACUACACUAAAUUUGUUAAUGUGACAGCAUUUUAUUAUGCAUAUAUAUGUAGCUGUAGUGAUCCUUGGAAAGGCAACUAUUGUUAAUUACCCCUGCAGCAGCAUUGCGUCUUACGGAUUGUCUGGAUUCUGCACACCGAGUCUUGAAUUUUUAUGCAGCUGUAUCAACUGUUUGCAUCUCACAUCACAUCCUUUCAUUGGAUGGCACCAUCCUAACAGAGACCCGUUCAUCCUCAUUACUGUUUGGUAAUUUGAUACAUCGGAGAACACAUCAUGUCUCAUAAUUUCCGUACAUGGCUAAACUAAAGUUAGUGUUCAUAAGUAUGUCUGUCUCCUGUUAUAAACAUUUGCACUGAGAAGUUAUUUCUGCUCUAAACCUCAGCUAAUUUUCACAGGGGAGUCUGACCACUAUAUGAAUUAUACUCAUUUUGAGGCUAUUGUAUGCAUCGUGGUUGAUUUAGCAGUAUUUUAAUCGUAAAUAGUUCAAGAGAAAUGUUGUGCCUUAAAGGUGAAACAAUUGAAGGUAGUUCAGGGCUUCUAUAAUAAGAAACUGAACAAGAGCAAUGCUUGUGUAAUGGAAAGUUGCUACUCUGACUGCUUUCAGGAAAAUAAUAAUUGCUUCCCCCCAAAUGCAGCAGGCUCUUGAUUAAAAGUUAUUGACCAUCAGACAACUACAAUAAUAAUAAAUUGGGUCAUGCCUGUUUUCUUCCCAACUCAUAAUUAUCCUGUAUUUUAUCAUAAACGUGUCUUAUGUGAUUAAAGCUUAUAACAGAAUGCGAUAUUUUUUUUACAUUGCUCUGUAAAUGGCAAACAAAGCUUAAGGAGUUUGAAGACAUCCCCAACUAACCAUGUAACCAUUAGUUUCAAAGAGAGUGGUAAUUUAAAGAUAAUUGAAUUCUGUUUGUACACGUGGAAUAUGUGGGGUUGUGCUUGAAGUCAGUGACGAGGUUAGGUUGACAUGUGGAACAAAUUACAGUCAGGAACUAUAACAAUUAAAACAAUGUCAUUAAUGGAAACGUAAGUUAUAAAAUUCAGUUUUUUUAAAAAAAAAACAAACAUUGGUAGGCAAACUAGUUCAUUCAGGAGGUAUACAGUUUGAAUCUCAGCUCAGAGUGCUGUACAGUCUGAGGCUUUGGUAAAUUACAGGAAAGUUCCAUGACCAUUCAUCUCACCAAUCACAAUCAUCUUUUUAUUAUUAUUAUUAUUAUUCAGUGCUGCAUGACCUCUGUAGUUGACACAGUAUAAUUAAAAGGGAACACGCACUGCUGCCAGCAGGGAUGUUACAGUGUAAUAGCAGAGUUAUUUAAUGUCUAUGUUACUUAUUAUUAAGUCAGUUACUGAUGCUGUGCUGGAAAUUAGUGACAGGCUUUGUUUUUAUCAAUUUCCUCUGUUGGAACUGAAUGAGAAGACAAUACGGUUAUGUUCAAAUGAGAUGGUAGACCUUGGAGUGGUCAUGUUUUGUGCUCUUGCUUGUAGUUGGCAGGACUGUAGAUAGAAGAAGCUUUAUAUUAAUGCAUGGUGGAAGUGUUGGCUGUCAUGUGGACAAUUUUAAGUUGCAUUGCUAGAUUCCUACUUGUCUGUCUCAACUCAGUUUUUCAAUUACAACUUUGGAAUUAAUUGCCCUGAGUCUGAAACUUGUGUGGGUCUCAGGCUAGAACAUUUAAAUCACAAACACAUUUUUACUGAGUCAAGCUUGAUACUUUUUUGACUAUUAUAUUUGUCAGACUGUCCAAAAAUUAAAAGAAAAAGAAAUUUGUGUUGAAGCUGGAGAUCUAUGUUUUGUUUUUAAUCAGUAUAGAUCCUGUAUUAAAAGAGGUAUGCUAAACAAUGUGGCAUUUAAGAAAUCACAUUCCAGCCCAAUAUAAUCCUUCCAACAUUGUUAGAAAAAUGGUAUACAUGAGGCCAUGGCCCAUAAAAGGUAACAAAGUUUUUUUUUUCCUUUUCUCCCCCACCCCCCUUCUUUGGGUUACAAGCAGGCAAGACUAUGUAGAUGGUAUGCUUGAAAUUCAACUCAGGGCAUGAAUAGUUCAGGAAAACUUUGUACAAAUUGAUUUUGUAAAGUUGUCCAUGUGGUGUAACACUAGGAAACUUCUCAGCCUGCAUGUUGGCAUAUCCAGCGCACGUUAUUAAAUCUGGACUCAGUUGUCGAUGACCACCACUGACAUUGUGUGGUUUUGCAUUUUCAUUUAAGAGAUUGUAUUUUCAUGUGUUUGCUGUUUUAAGGUAGGGAGAAGAAUAUUUCUGCUAAUAACUGCAGCUACAUGGCAAAUCUGACACGUUUGUGCCAGGGAGACCAGAGAAUCAUAUAAGUGUUCACAAAAUUCUGUCAUACAGACGAGAUGUAGGUAUCGUGAUUAAAUUACUGAGUAAAAUGUUUCAUUGCAACAUUUAAGAAGGAGGCGGAACCCAUGUGGUAUGCCAAUGGCAAACCCAGUUUGGCAUGAAUGUGUUAAAAAUAGUACAUUUUAGUUGACGUAUCUACUGAAUCUUUUGUGCCAUGUUCAGGCUGAGAAGUUAUGGAGGACAAAGACUGAUGAUUGCUGACAAGCAGCCUUUUAUAAGAAGCAGCUAAAUAAAAUCGCCUUAUUGUGGUGUGUCGUGUGUGUUGUAUAAACCUAUGGGGUGAAAGAGCACAGCAACAGAAAAUAAAGAGUAAAUGGAAAUUGUGUACUGGAUGGUAAAGUGUUUGUAAACCAGAGUGGCCACAGCAAUGACUGGACAGGCAUACCACAAUAUGUUUCAUUUAAAAAUAGUACUUUUCCGUUAGAAUUCCUCAGGUUCUUCCAGACACCCGCCAUCAAGUCCUUGACCUCUGCAUACUGUUUCACAAGUAAUUUUCUUUUAGAAAGGGAAACAAUUGAGGUAGUCAAAAAAUUAAUGUGUUUAUAAAAUUAGUAUCUCAUUGCUUUUUGUUGAUGUAUUUUAAAAUAAUAUUAACACACAAAGAAGAUCUAGUGUUAAUGUAUUGUGUACACAUAAGGUGUUUACAACCCAUAGUUUUGGAAUCCCUGACAUAGGUAUUGAAGAUAGUUUCCAAAAUUUCUGCAUGUAAGUGGUCGCUGGAAGACAGUAAAGAUAUAAGCAAUCGGUAAAUGGAAAAUUACAAACCACCUGCUCAGUACUGCGCUAUUUGAGUGAGUUAUAGUGCACCAACUUUUCGCUUUGAUUUUGGACACCUGAUAAAUCCUUAACGGAAGGGUUAGUUUUCAUAUUUUCAGUAAUUAACAGUUGUGAUUCUUUUAUCAAGGUUUCCUGCCAUCUAAUCCUUUCUCAUAUUAUAUUCAAUCGCAGGACAUUGAAUCGUGUUCUUGAAGCUUGUUGCAUUGUAUUUGCUCUGAUUCGUUUUGAGAGCUGAAUAACACUGCUUUUGUAGACUGUGUAAGUGGACAGCCUGUGGCCUCUCUGUGUGAGUUUUAUUAAGAACAAAAAUUAAAGCUGUGAUUAAGUUUGAGCCCCUGUAAUGUAGGAGUGAGGGCUUUAAAUGUCGUUGGUUCCAACAGUGUCCCAUAGAACACUUCUAAUGCCAAGCUAUGUGAGGGCUGUGAUGUUAUAGCAGUUGGGGCAGGUGCGAGUCAUAUUGGCGGCUCUGACUAUAGCUGUUGAGAUAUGUAUUACAGUUUUAAUGAUCAUCUGCAGCACUAGUCAGUCAAAAUUUAUGGUGCACUUUUAUGGGAACUGUUGGUUCUAGUUGUAUGGCAGUGUGAAUUUAAAACAGAAGUGUUCCUCAUCUUUUGGUGCUGCUGCUCUCUGAUUAUUAUUGCACAAAGAUCAGUGGUGGCAGCUAACGGAGAGAUCUUUGUGUGAUUCGGUGGCAGACGGCAGAUUGCUGUGGCCUUAUGAUGCACCUUGUCUUUCUUGGAAACACGUGCUCUUGAGCAUUAAUAUUGUUUGUAGGUCUUACUGCGGGAACCUUUUAACUGCUAAGAAUGAUGUAGCAUUCCAAUCUGAUAAGAUAGGCUUUAUGUGAAAGAAUGUUUCACUUUUAUAAACUUUAGGUAAAUAUAAACUGUAAAAUUUGAAGCUUUUGUGGUGAGUAAAUGCACUAAAAUUCUCUUAGAUAAUCAGCUGUGUCAAAAGUGAGUUAAAAAACCAAUGAUUUUUAUAUCUGUUGUGUGUCCAUUGACCACGAUGAUAUUGAUGGAGCAGGUGUCCGUUGGGUUUUUACUAAACUUUUUGACAUGAAUUUUAGUGCAAAUAUAAACUGAAGAAUUCCAUAACAUCUGAUUUACAGGUGCUGUAAAUUGUUGGAUUCACAUUAUUAUUAUUGUUACGAUCAUCGGCGCAUAAAACAUUUGGCGUUGUUCUGUAAAUCAAGCGGUUACAAAACAGUUUUCACAUAUUUUGAAGUGACAACCUGUUUCUUCCAAACCUUUCAGUUUUUAAAAAUUUGUUGAAUCGUAGUUUGUUUUUUGAACAUCAUAUCUGACAACAAAAUUAAGUAGUAUUGAUCUUUGGUAAUAGUGGCAGUUUAUAUGUUAAAACGAUUACAUUGAAAAGGUUUAUAUAUUUGUUUUAUGUCUGGCAACGUUUCUGUCUCGAUGUAUUUUUGUAGUAUUGUAAUUUUAUUUUAGUAGUAGCUCAAGAGUGGUCGUUUCUCAGGAUAAACUCGAGGAGCCGUGUUAAUUAAAACAGAUGGGUGACAAAGAAGAACAUUCCAUGGAUUACUGACCAUGUUUAAUUGAUAUUGUUUAGUGUAGUCGAAAGAUAAAUGACAAACUGGCAGUAAGUCACAGUUUAUCUAUACUAUAUUGUAAUGCUCACGCUCGCAAACAUGUUGGACAAUAGCACGCUCCAGUUUUAUGUUCUGGCACCAACACAGAACCAGCCUCUUGUCAGCAGCUGGAAACUCUGACCUUGUCAUCACCAGCUGCAGGCUAAAAAUGUUUGUGGCGAGGUCACAGUCCCAGCGCCUUGCCUUGUGUGCAGAUGCAUGUGAAUCUCAGAUAUGACGAGCAUCUGGCGACUUGUUGGUGCGAGACAUGCCCUCAUUUUUCCACAGUUUUGGGUACAGAGAAGCAAAACUUAAACACAAUGGAAAGAAAGAAAUAUAAUAAAGCCACUGUAACUCAAAA